AUGUUUAUUUUAUUGUUUAUAUGUUCAAGUGCGUUCAUACAGUACGUUCAAACAGUUGGUCAUUGGAGUAUUAGUUUACAAUAUUCGGCUUCAGCUAUAGAUGAUUUCAUCUCGCUUGGUAGCAUAAUUGUGGAUAGGACAAUUGAUAAUAAUUGUACAGCUCGUUUCCAAUCUUCUGUUAACCCAAGUAAAUGGAAGAAUGAUCUGUUGCAAGCUGCAAAAAAUGGAUGGACUUACCGCGUUAAAGCCCAUAGCGAUAAAGGAGAUGUACAAGGUUAUAAUGAACCUUGUUUGAUGUUGGGAGCUAAUGGAGCUCAUCAUUUUCGGAUAUUGUUGGAACCUGAUCGCCAGGAUUUGCAAUCCUUGGCUGUUUUUCCGGAGAAUUUAUUUUCUGUUGGAACAAAUUACCAUUUUUGUGAAACAAAUUCAUUUGCAGAGGACAGCAAAAUAAGAGGAUCGGUUGUGGUGAACACAGUUAACGAAUUGCCCCUGCCUGAUACAGUUUCAUAUAUUCGAAAGAUGGAGAAAGAGCGGCAGGCUAGGCAACAUGGAGCUCAGCAAGACAAUCGAUCUUUUAUCCAAAAAUAUGGCAAAAUGAACAGCCGUCAAAAUGACGUGAUACCCUCGACGAGUGCAUCCGUGCCCGCCACGGAGGAUCUAACGGAACAAUCAGCUAAUUCAGGUGCCUCUGUUCAAAAGGUUUCGGAAGUUUUCUUGACUGCUGGACAAGCUUUUCAGAAGUUGGGUGGACUUAUUGCAGAUUUGCAUAAUCCAAAAAAUGGAGUCGAAAGGAAAUGGACGAGUUCGGAUACCAGUAAUUUGCGUGACGCAGUCUCGCGUUUCGCAAGCGAUUUGCAGCGCAUUAGUGAAACAGUCCAAGGAAGAGAAGUACAACUUAUGAAGGAUGAUAUGACUAAAAGGCCUACAACUAGCCAUUAUAUCAGAGCGGUUACUCCACGAACAAAUGGUACUACUGCAAAGUCUACUGCUACUGCAAGAUCUUUAGCAAAGCGUACAAGUAGUGUUCCACAUCCAUCAACGGAUACCAAUUUCAAACGUCGCAUCCUCAACACUACUGCUAGUGGUAUUACGGUAUCAAGCAAUACGCGUUAUGCUGAUAUUACUCAUGUACAGUCACUCAACAUGAAUUCAUCGGCUAUAUCACGACUUAAAAGUGGGCCACUAGGUGUAAUACCCUCGGCUCUUGCAACAGUCACUGUCCAGUCCAGUAUACCCUCAGUUGUGCUACCUCCAGAACCGAAGACGCAUAACAAUGGAGUAAAGAAUUUUGAUGGUGGUCUUUUCAAUAUUUGA